AUACACUUGUUCGCACCGCCAAGAACAUGGAGAAGGACAAAACCAAUGUCCCAAGCUUUGUGAACCCCAACCAAUUCGGAGCUCCUGGAAAUGUUCUGCAAUGCGGUCAACUACCAGUUAUCGUAAAGAGGAUCAGGAAGAGACCAUUGAAGAUCAUUUCUCCAUUUAAAUUACAUCCUGUUAAGUCUACCAUUUCUCUCAACCACGCCCGAAAACUCCGUGACAUAGUAAUCAACGACCUUGAUCUCAAAAAGACUGGACUUCUUGCUUACGAACCUUCUAAGUUAUAUCUUACUGGCAUGGAUCUCGCAAAAAGCUUCGGCGAUGGGGCAUCAAUGCUACCCAGCUUGAUGGAAUACUACAUAGACAUUCUGCGUCACGAUGAGAUUAAAUUAAGGCCCACGUCGGCUGGGUACAGGAUGUUCCUUCGUUGGUCACUAUCGUUCCACCUUAAUGUCGAUGCUCGGCACGAGACGCAAUCCUUCAAUCCUACUUUCAUUGAGGCACUAUUAAAGGAAGACCUCGCGGAUAAAGACCCUCAAGAUGUUCGCAUGAUAUUAUGGGUAUCCCAUCAGGGCAGUCAUUUCUCAGUUUAUUGUGUGAAUCGUGUUCACAGACGGAUUGACGUCCUCGAUUCAGUUGACUGGAGCACACAACAGACUACAUUUGAGGAUUUUCAUAAGCCGUGGGGUCCUAUUGCUGUCGCCAGACUCAAUGAUGCUUUUUUAAAAGUUACUGAGGGGAAGUUCGACAACUUCUGCAAGUGGCCUAUUGCUAGAUUUCCAACCCCCAAACAACUUGCCAACGACUGUCCUUUCUUCUGUUUCAAAUUCCUGAAAUUUUAUGAUGGCGAGGAGAAUCAAUUACGAAUCAAAAUCGACCCAGAGAAGUUUAGUGAUUACAGGUCGGAGGAGCUUGCAUACAUGGUGUUCCAUGAAUUGAAUUUAUUUCGUCAGCUACCACCUCAAAUUGAAGUUUUGAGGAAGGCUAUUACAAAAGCAUAACCAGUUGCCGGCACUAGCAAACCAAAAUGUUUCGCGAGGGGAGUCACAAGCUAGCCAUGUUUAUUUCCAUAUCCACCAUGAUUACUUUCCCGACAGAUAUUCGUCCUAAUGUAAACCUAAGUGACGGAGAAUAUUAUUGUACUGCUUUCCGUACUUGCUUCUGCAUUACUGUAUUUUGUAUUAUCUAAUCGUAUAUUAGGUGGCACAAUCGAUGGCUGCAAUGUGCAUUAAUGUUUUAUAUA